CCCGCGCCGCGAGAGCGCGGGAGAGACAGGCCGGCAGCGAGCAGCGUCCUUUCCCUCCCGCUGUCGCCGCCCCCGGGAACGCCGCUCCGUGAGGAACAACCGGCCGCGAGUCGGCUGGGGAGCAGCGCCCUCCCCUCCCUACAUCCGCCCCGUCCUGCGAGGCGGGACGUGACCGCUCCCUCCCCCUCCCGUCCCCGGGCUCCGCCGCCGCCCGUCCCGAGGAGGGAGCCCGGCACUUGUUGGCGCGAUGGUGCCCGGCCCGGCCGAGUAGGAGCGCCGAUCCCGCCCGGGAGAGGAGCCCCGAGCCCCCGCCGGCCCCGCGGGGUGUUGUCCGCCCGCAGCGCCCGGCGGUGACGGCGUUUCCCGAGCGGCUCCAGGACUCCGGUCUGGGCGCGGGGGUCGCUCCCGGCAGCGCCGCCCGGCCCGGGAGGUCCCGGCGGGACCAGGGGGCAGCGCCGCCCGCCCCGUCCCCCGGCCCGAGCCAAAAUGUCCUUCUUCAACUUUCGCAAGAUCUUCAAGCUGGGCGGCGAGAAGAAGAAGAAACAAUACGAGCACGUCAAGAGGGAUUUGAACCCUGAGGAGUUCUGGGAAAUCAUCGGGGAGCUGGGAGAUGGUGCUUUCGGUAAAGUGUUCAAGGCUCAGAACAAAGAAACAAAAGUUCUGGCUGCUGCAAAGGUGAUAGAUACUAAAUCAGAAGAAGAACUUGAAGAUUACAUGGUGGAGAUUGAUAUUUUAGCAUCCUGUGAUCAUCCUAAUAUUGUCAAGCUCCUAGAUGCUUUCUACUAUGAAAACAAUCUGUGGAUCCUGAUCGAAUUUUGUGCAGGAGGAGCUGUAGAUGCAGUCAUGCUGGAGCUUGAAAGGCCAUUAACAGAGCCCCAGAUCAAAGUGGUGUGCAGGCAGACACUGGAAGCACUGAACUACUUGCAUGAAAAUAAGAUCAUCCACAGAGAUCUAAAGGCUGGCAAUAUUCUUUUCACAUUAGAUGGAGACAUUAAACUAGCGGAUUUUGGAGUAUCAGCUAAAAACACAAGAACAAUACAAAGAAGAGACUCUUUUAUUGGUACACCAUAUUGGAUGGCUCCAGAAGUAGUAAUGUGUGAGACCUCUAAAGACAGGCCUUAUGAUUAUAAAGCUGACAUUUGGUCUCUUGGCAUUACUUUAAUAGAAAUGGCUCAAAUAGAGCCACCUCAUCAUGAAUUAAAUCCCAUGCGAGUGCUUCUGAAAAUUGCAAAAUCUGAUCCUCCCAUGUUAGCACAGCCUUCAAAAUGGUCGUCAGAUUUUAAAGAUUUUCUGAAGAAAUGUUUGGAAAAGAAUGUAGAUGCAAGGUGGAGUGCAACUCAACUGUUACAGCAUCCAUUUGUUACUGUUACUUCCAAUAAACCAAUAAGAGAAUUGAUUGCAGAAGCUAAGGCUGAAGUUACAGAAGAAGUUGAAGAUGGUAAAGAUGAGGAUGAAGAAGAGGAAACAGAGAAUUCUCUGCAGUUACCUGCAGAGAAGCGUGCAUCCUCCGACCUUAGCAUUGCCAGCUCUGAAGAGGAUAAACUUUCACAGAAUGCCUCUGUCCUGGAAUCUCUCUCUGAGAAAACAGCAAGUAAUGCAAUUGAGGACAAAACAACUGGGGACGAAUCUGAGGACAUUAAAUUUAGGAAAACAGCUGAUAAGAUAUGCGAUCCUACCGUUAACGAUAUGGAAGUGCAAAACGGUUCUGUGCCAGCUGGUGAAGAUGAGGAAGGCAAAAUAAGGCCAGCAGAAAAGGACACAGAAAGCCUGGAAAAACCACAUAAGGAUACAGAACCCCAGAAAGGAGAGAAAGAACUUGACAUCGUAACAAAACCAGAAAUAAAGAAUGAACCCAACCUAAAAAUAGAGAAAGAAAAUUCCACAGCAAAUGAACAGACAGAAGAUAAUAAACUGAAAGUAGUACCCACAACUGAAAAUAGUGUAGAAACUGAAGAAGGCAUUUCUAAGGAAACUGGUGAAAAAGAAGAGAAGGAGAACAGAACAGAUCUCUCAGGACUUAAGGAAGAAAAGGUCCCUGUAGAAAAUAUAGAUACAGAGCAAAAGGAAAAUAAAAAUGAGGAGCAGAAAGAGGCAACAAUAGACACCACUACAGAAGCUCUACCUAAUGCUACAGUCGAAGUGUCUGAUGAAGAAAAAGAACUAAUAAAGCAUGGAAUUGACAACGUUAAGGAGAUUGGUGGUAUUGCUGAAACACCGAUCAGUGAUGGGGAUAAAAUACCUGAGCUGGAGGAUAAACCAGUGGAAAGUCAGGCUAAGCAGGUCCAUGAGAUAAUCAGCUCUGAAGAAACUCUAUCAGAAAGCCAAGAUAAAGUGAUCAAAGUAGACAAGAAACUGGCAGAAAGUGAAAAUGAGGAUAUUAGUAAUAUAAGCAACACGGAGGAAACAAAGAUCAAAGACUCUGGAAAAGACGUCGUAGACCAGAAGGCAAUACAGAGCAAACCUGAGGAUAUUUCUAAUAAAGUGGUGGAUAACCUGACUGAUAUGGACCAAAAUUCAGGAGACUGCAGACCUGAGAGUAUCCAGGAAGACAACAUUCAGACAGACAAAGAACGUUUGGAAGUUACUUCUGAUGAAGUAAUGAAGGAUAAGCUUCAAAAUACUGUCAAUGAACAAGCUGAUGACUCUGAAGUCACUGCAGUCCCCAGUAUUAGUAUUAGCACUGAAGAAAAUGAGAAAGUCAAAACGGAUAAUCAAGGCAAUACUGAAACUUCCCAGCAGGUAGAGUCGGAGAAUGUGAAGGAAAAUGAUGCCGAUUCAGGCACAGGUUCUACAGCUGAUAACAGCAGCAUCGAUUUGAACUUAUCAAUUUCUAGUUUCCUUAGUAAGAACAAAGAGACAGGAUCAAUAUCUUUGCAGGAAACUAGAAGACAGAAGAAAACGUUAAAGAAAACUCGGAAGUUUGUCGUUGAUGGAGUAGAAGUGAGUGUAACCACAUCAAAAAUAGUUACUGAAAAUGACUCGAAAAGUGAAGAAAUGCGAUUCCUAAGACGUCAAGAGCUAAGAGAACUAAGACUUCUUCAGAAAGAGGAGCAGAGAGCCCAGCAGCAACUCAGUAAUAAGCUUUUGCAACAGCGAGAACAGAUGUUCAGACGUUUUGAACAGGAAAUGACAAGUAAAAAGCGACAGUACGAUCAAGAAAUCGAAAACCUAGAGAAGCAGCAGAAACAGACGAUAGAGCGGCUGGAACAGGAGCACACGAACCGCUUACGGGAUGAGGCAAAACGCAUCAAAGCAGAACAGGAGAAGGAAUUGUCCAAAUUCCAGAACGUGCUGAAAAACAAGAAAAAAGAGGUUUUAUGUGAAGUGGAGAAAGCACCAAAAGAGCUGAGAAAAGAGCUCAUGAAACGCAAGAAAGAGGAGCUUGCACAAAGCCAGCAUGCUCAGGUAACAAUGGCAGCUUCAAGCUACUAAAAUACAAAAGGCAGCAGUAUUCACACAGCUUGAUGAUUUCACUUCUUGUUGUUGUUGAGUGAAUAUGGAACUUAACUCAAACUAACCCUACACUGCUCUCUUCCUUCAAGUACUCCCAUAUCACAUCUCAUAGACUAAACUGGGUAGACAUGUAGGAGCAGCGGUUCCCAGGUUUGUACUGUCAAGUGGAAUGUUUUGUGUGCUGUACUGAAAAAGAAUGGUGAUUUUCUACAGCAGGUUUAUUUACAGUGCUUUUACGAGUGGUAAGUACCCCACAGGUCCUUUGGAUUUUGAAGGUUAUAGUCAGAAGUAAGUUUUGAACAACACAAGUGCAGGAGAGGAAAAUAUAUAUAAUAUGUAAGCACGAGGCAUCUUGUUUAUAGAAGCAGAACAGAUUAGGUAAAAUGUUAUUUAAAUGUCAAAGUGUAGGUGUACAGAAAGUUUGCAAGACAUCUACAAUUUCAUGCCUUCAGACUUGCUGCUUUUUUAUGACCCAGCUAAAAAGAGGGCAAAUAUUUUAGAAAAAUAUUGGCUUUUUGUCGUCCGCAGCUUGUACAGAGUGAGUUUCAACCACAGCAGAGCAGGUUUGGAUUGAGUAACUUUAAGAUUAACUGUUUAUUUGAGUGACCUAGUGGAAAAUAAUCGCAACUUUAUUUGAUUAUGUGUUUAAGAGGGGAUUUCCCAAGAUAGAAUGUAAUUGAAUUGCAGUGCUCUCCCUAUGCCAGAGAUACCUGUCUAAACUUUUUAAAGAAACAAAACCCUAGUUUUUCAUAGUGUUUGUAGCAACUUGGUUUAUUUACUUUGCUGCUUUCUCUUUGUUGAAGAGAGGUGAAAGAGAAAAUUUUAAAUGUGAAAUAUCCUUACUUGGAAUGAUAAGUACUAGACAAGGUGCAGAUGUUUUAUUUUAGAAUAUUGUCAUAUCUACUUCUGUGUUGAGCCUUGACAUUUUAAAUGCUUAUUACUAACACACAGCAGAUAUAAUUUCUUCCUUUUUUUAAGAAUAAAAAUAUAUUUCAUUAUAUCAUGACAUAGGAAGUACAUUGUGUCCCACAGGGCGUUGCUCAGGUUAUGAUUCAGUCUUUUCAGUUGUCUUCGUGUACGCUUUUCAACGCACAAAUGCAGGAUGUAAGUCUUAAAAUGCAAAACAACAUAAGUUUUGUUUUCCUAAUUUUCCAGACGUGUGUUUUCUCCUCUCUUUCUGAUCAUAUGUGCUGAUCAAUGUCACUACUGUCUCCAAACUGAUUAGCACAAAUUUGUAAUGAUGACAACUAUUCGUUGUCAAAAGGUCAAAAUUACGCUAGUUGUUUAGUCUGGGCAGAACACUGAGAUUUCACAUAUGCAAUAUGAUACUGUUCUCUAGUGCUUAUUAUUUGUUCAGCACAUGUGAGACACAUUGUGUGACUUGUAUGCUGUGUGUGCAGUGAAACUAUGUAUUUUAAAGAUAUCUGAGUUUAUUUUAAGAUACUUAUUGGGCAAAACCAAAUGGUAGCUUGAAAAAGGUGAGCUGUCUUGCUCUGUCUGCCUUUGAAACAACCUACAUGUUCUUUGGUAAACUCGGUGACCUUUAUUUUGUGUGAUACUUGAGUAGAUGUGGGAAGGCCAGAGUGUUUCCUGAGAUUGCCUGGUUUAUCUUAUAGUGCUGGCAGGUAUAAAAGUUCUUAAGAUUUAGAGAGAGGAGCAGUGAUAUUUAAAUGAUAGUGUAAAGCUCAAGCCUAAUCAUUUUUUGACCACGACUACACCAGAACAGCUUUCCCCUACUCCCUUCAAAUCAAAAAACUCCCAGGAAAUUAAACGUUGUGUUAAUUAUGUAUCUACACCCUCAGAAUAAUAAACUCGUAGUCUUCUUAUCCUUUUCAUCUAGAAAGGGAAACAACAGUAUUUUUCAUCAUUUCAUAUAUUUGAUUAGUAUGUCUCACUUAAUUUACAGACAUCACCUUCCAGUUCUUUUUGUACCCUCAGGUCUGUCACUGGCAACUUACUUCACCUCUGGUUUUGUGUUACCUUUCUCAGUGUAACUCUUCUGUCCACUGAGAGAGAUGAAAACCUCAUCUAUUAAUAACUUUCCGUGAAGAUGAAAACCAGGAUUCUUCUGGUCAUGAUAAAAAGUGCUUUAAAUGAACAUUUAAUUCCACCUGACAACUCUUAUUAGCAAGUACCAUAGGUUCGGAAAAAAAAUAAGAAUAGCUCAGGAACCCUUCCACUGAUCAGCUGCAGCCCAGUUUUCCCAGCUCCCUUCCAAGAUUAAGACCAUCUUUAGUGUUGCUUUGUUGUGUAGAGCAGCAGGUGCUUCAGCACCUCCCCUUGGAUCUGACAGGACCCUGAGUUGUCCUUUCUUUUGACCUUUGAUAUUGUGUGAUAGAAGCAUCUGAUUUAAUUUCUCGUUCUUACGGGGGGAGGGUGUGCAUGCUCACUUGCUCAUGGCUGUGGCUUUUAAUAGUUGGAAGAAGAAAGGCAACAGUAAGGUUGCUUGGGGAGGGGCAUGGGAGGGGGAUUCCUUCUGCUGCCUGCUUUUCAUGAUGGGAUGCAAUCUGGAUAAUGGGAAGAUGCAGGUGAUAUGGGGACUGUGUCAGGCAGGUGGUAAAUCACUUUGCAAAGAGCCAGCUCAGCUCAGGUGUGACAGAGUGACAGUCCUGCAGAACCAUGGAGUGUCUGCACAGUGGACCUACAGAACUCUCAGCCUCAAUACCUCUACCUUCAGGACAAGAUAAACCACACAAAUCUGAAACCCAUCUGUGUAAAUAAAUAGGCUUUAACUAAUCACCCAAAACAAAAUAACCAUACAUACCUUUAUUUUCUUACCUACAUGAAUAAUUAACUCUCGAUAGAAUGACAUCAGCUUUAUACUGAGCACUUGUCUUUGCUAGCUCUGAACCUGCAACGUGUUCUGAGGAGAGACAAGAGAUGGAAUGAAUUGCAGAUUGCUGGCUAGUUUGUUGCCUUUGGUCUUACUUCUGAAGGUAUUAUUUAAAUAUUAAAUAUGCUCUUACCUACUCUGUAAAUAGUGAAUACGAAAGAUGGAUAAUUUGAUAGUCAAGGCAUGCUAGCUCAAAAUUUCAUAGAUGCGUUUGUUUUCAUAUAUAGCUAAUGCUGAGAGAACUGGGAGUUUCAUUAAAAUGUAAUGUGGUUAGAAGAACAAAAUUUAAUUUACUUUUAUUGGU